AUGGAAGUUGCCAUAGCAGUUCCUAUUCACUCUAUGGACUUCAAUUUCCACAGUAACUGCUCCUCCCCUUUCUUCACAGCACCUUCAACCCCCCAACAACAACAACAAAAUGAUUUCGAUUUCGAAUUCGAAUUCAGCGGCCAACUCCAAAGACCUUCCCUCUCCGCCGCCGACGAGCUCUUCGACCGCGGUAUGAUCCGCCCUCUUAACACCGCAUCUUCCAUUGAUCCACCACCAACACCAAAAGUAGCAACACAUGAAAGGUUAAGAGAAGAAAAACCGCAAUCGCAAUCGCAACCGCAGCAACAAAAACAGAGUGAUGAUAGCAAAAAAGAGAAGAAAGGCCUUUCAUCCUUAUUCUCCGAAACUGCGAUAUCUUCGUUCUUGUCAUCGAUUUGGUUCAGAAAACGAUACCGAAAAUGGAGGAUAAAGGAUAUUCUACUGUUUCGCAGUGCAUCAGAGGGGAGAUAUAAGGACAACGAUGCAUUCAGAAAGUACGUGGUUCUGUCCAAAACGAAGCCGCAUUACGACGAAGAUGACGACGUCGGGAACUUGAGCUUCCGGUCCACAACGGCGACGGCGACGGCGGAGGAGAAUUCCGGUUCGGUGUCGAAACGGAGAGUUUCCGCUCACGAGUUGCAUUACACGGUGAACCGGGCUGCCUCUGAGGAAUUGAAGAAGAAAACAAUGCUGCCUUACAAGCACGGUUUGUUAGGGUGCUUGAGCUUCAAUGCAACUUCUGAUUUACAUCUCAUUAGCUCAAGAGUUAUGUCAAUGGAACGUUCAUGA